AUGCAUCCGGAGUGGGGUAUAGGAGCCGUGCUUCAUCAGAGAAAGAAACCAGUAGCCUUCUUCAGUGAGAAACUAAGUGGAGCCACUCUCAACUACCCCACUUAUGACAAAGAGCUUUACGCUUUGGUUAGAGCUUUGGAGACUUGGCAACAAUUACCUAAGUACAAGAAGGGAAGGAAAAACAUGGUAGCUGAUGCCUUAUCAAGAAGACAUGCUUUGAUCACCACUAUGGAUGCUAAGGUGCUAGGGUUUGAGCAUAUUAAGGAGCUAUACAAAGAUGACCCGGAACUGAAAAGAAGCAUACCAGAAUUGUGGAAAGGAGCUUUCCAUUCUUAUCAUUUGCAUGAAGGGUUCUAUUUAGAGACAAGCGUUUGUGCAUUCCCCAAAGUUCCAUGA